UUUUUCUUUCCUUUCUUGACUUCUCUCCUUCCUCUUCUCUCUCUUAAAAACUGGUUACUCUCCCUUCUCUCGAAAAGCUCCCAUUUUUAGCUCUUUCAUCAGCUCUCUCUCUCCAUGAUUUCAGCCCCGGUCUUUCUUUUUCACUUUCAACACCAGUAAUACUACUCUUCUUGGCUCUCUCAUAAACCGGUGGCUUUAUCCCUCCUAAGCUCUCUCACAAACCGGCGGCACAGCCUCUUCAAACCGGCAGCCCUCUCACAAACAGUCGGCAUUUUGUUUCUUUUUUUUUUGUAUGGGUGCUUAGCUGCUAAAAAAUAAGGAAUUUCACGAUUUUUUUGCUGUUUAAUGGGAUCCCUUUUUUUUUGGUUCUUCCUCUCUUCGGUCUGAGGCCCUUUUAAGAUCUGGAUUGUCUAAAUUUUUGGACAAUCCAGAGCAUGAUUUCACAAUACUCUGGCAUUGAAGGGGGUUUGGUGGCCGGAGCUGACCACUCCUUUCAUGUUAGCUGUCAAUCCGGGGCAUUAAAUGCCCCGUAAUGAUGGACUGGCGUGUGCUCGGUCCCUUCCCGUUGGCCCUUUUUCUUCUUUUUUAUAUCAUUAUUUUUAUUAAUUUUAAAUUUUUAUAUAUUUUAUUUAUUAUUUAUUAUUAUUUAAAAAAUGUGUCUACAGUUGCUUCCCAAAAUUAAUCCAUUAACAAAAAGAGAAAGACAAGAAUUCAAAUAUAUUUUCUCGAAAUGCUGGACAUAAUAUUUGCCAGAGAUGUGAGUAACUAGUGUGGUUUCCUGGAAAGAUAGACUACUUUGUCUUUCUUUAGUUUGUCAGUCAUAGGUAGGACUGGUCAGCGAAAUACAGCCCCCUUUAGCGAACCUAAUUCACUGUUCAUUGCUUUAUUUUUUCAAGAUAUCUGUAAAGUUUUAUGCUAAAUCUGAUGAAGGAUAAUACAUAUACAUAUAUAUAUAUAUAAGGUCGAACCUCAAGAUUCCUGAAUUUUUCUCUAUAAUUUUUUUUUCGUGCAUGCCUCACUCUUGCUUUCAUAAUAGAAGGUCAGCCGAGACAAUGGUAACGGUAUCUACAAGAAUACUGUUUCUGAUCUUCUUCUAUCCAGGGCUCACAUACCUUGUUACUCUUACCUUUGCCCUUGAUCUUUACUUCCUGUCUAGAUGCAUAAAUUCUACCGGGUACUACACAGCUAAUAGUGCCUACGAACGCGACCUCAGUAGCCUCUUCAACGAAAUCUCCUCAACUACAAAAUUGAACUAUGGGUUUUUUCACAGUCAAUCUGGCGAAGUCAACGUCAUUGCGCUUUGCAGGGGAGAUGUUAAGCUAAAUGUUUGCACUAGUUGUCUCAAUGACACUAUUUCUGAGAUGAAGCAGCGUUGUCCUCGCUACAAAGAGGCCAUUGGAUGGUCUGAGUUUUGUAUGUUGCGCUACUCAAGCAGAAACAUCUCUAAAAGAGUGGAACUUUCUCCUCAAGCUUGUCUACUUAAUACACAGUCUGCAGUGGAAGGUAAUCCGUAUGAGAUACUUGAUGUAUUGAAGGUGUUGUUGGAUUACCUGCGUAGUCGAGCAGCAGCGGGCGGUACUCUUCUCAAGUAUGCAACAAGUAGCUCAUCGCUGGGUGCCCAAUUGUGGUAUGCUCUUGUGCAGUGCACUCCUGAUUUGUCUGAGCAAGACUGCAAUGAUUGUCUAAAAGCGGCGACGGAUGGGAUUACAUCGUGCUGCGUUGGGCAGAGGGGAUGCCGAGUUCUCAAACCCAGCUGUAACUUAAGGUUUGAGUCAUACCCCUUUUUUGAUUCUGGACCAGCUGUUCUGCUCCCGCAAUCACCCUCGACUGAUGCCGCACCUGCUCUUCCGCCCCCGCAAUCACCCCGAUCAAAGAAAGAAGAAAAUAAACAAAAAAAAUCAGUCUGGAUUCCUCUUGGUGCGAGUUUAUCAGCGACUCUUGGGCUAGCUCUCUUUUCUGCAUGUGGUUUCUUCAUAUGGAGGAGGAGAAACAUUCAAGAGGAUAAUGAAAAUAGUCAAGAAGUUCAAUUACUUGACCUGGUACGUGGAAGUAUUCUUGAUGAGCACUCAAGCGAAAAUUUUAAUGGAGAAAAUGUAUCGAGAUCUCAAGAAUUUCCUUCAAUUCAAUUGAAUAUUUUACAUGUUGCGACAAAUAGCUUUUGUGAUGAAAAUAAGCUCGGAGAGGGUGGAUUUGGCCCUGUAUACAAGGGUACACUAGCAGAUGGUAAAGCAAUUGCAGUUAAAAGGCUCUCAAGAACUUCCGGACAAGGGCUGCUUGAGUUUAAGAAUGAAGUCAUGUUAAUUGCCAAAUUACAACAUAGAAAUCUGGUGAGGCUCUUAGGAUGUUGCUUAGAGAAAAACGAAAAGUUGCUGGUAUACGAAUUCAUGCCCAACAGAAGCCUUGAUGUUUUCCUGUUUGAUUCGAGCAUGGCUAUGGAACUGUCUUGGCAAAAACGAUUCAAUAUUAUUAAAGGAGUCGCUCGAGGUAUCUUGUAUUUGCACGAAGAUUCUCGUCUUAGAAUUAUCCACAGAGAUCUUAAAGCGAGUAAUGUUUUACUUGAUCACGAGAUGAAUCCCAAAAUUUCAGAUUUUGGUAUGGCAAGAAUUUUUGGUGGGGAUCAAAAUCAAGCAAAUACAAACAGAGUAGUUGGAACAUAUGGAUACAUGGCACCUGAAUAUGCAAUGGAAGGACUCUUUUCUAUCAAAUCUGAUGUUUUCAGUUUUGGAGUCCUUUUGCUGGAGAUCAUAAGUGGAAAAAGGAAUAAUGGUUUUCAUGUUUCAGAGCGUGGUGAAAGCCUCUUGACUUUUGCAUGGAAACUAUGGUCUAAAGGUCAAGGAAUGGAGCUAAUGGAUCAGCUCCUUGUGCAGUCGUGUGUUGCCGCUGAGGUGCUUAAAUGUAUCCAUAUUGGGCUAUUAUGCGUCCAAGAAGACCCAGCAGACAGACCCAGCAUGUCAUCUGUGGUUGUCAUGUUAGGGAGCGAGACCAUAACACUUCCCCGACCAGCAGAACCUGCGUUUUCUGUUGGACGUGUUGUUGCAGAACCAAUUGAACCCACUUCAAAUGAUAGAAACUGUUCUAUUAAUGAGGUUACAAUUUCAAAAUUGUCACCUCGAUGAUUGAUUAGUGGGUGCAUAUAUAUUCCUUUAUUUCUUCUUCUUUCUUUUUUGGAUAUAUGAAACAAUGGGUGAUUGAUUGCUACACUAUUUCAACAAAA